GCACUUGAAUGGCAAACUAUAAAAGUAAAUGAUCAGGGUACAAUUUGAUUUUCUGGACCUUGGACGCUCAGGGACAUUGGAGAAAAGUCAACAAAUACGCCUAACUUUCCAGAGGCCUGAUUGGCUGCUGGUGUUGUCGUCCUGGUUAUAUGUGAGGGAGCUGACUGGAUUUUAUCUCAGUGCAUUCUGAUCGCCUGGUGUUCAGUCUGUUGGUACAUCUGCACUUUGUGAGACUCUCACUGAUCGAGGGGAGAAACAUGGGGAACUCUCAGACUUACACACAAGAGGACUUCGACAGGUACUCUUAUCAGGUUUAUCAAGCUACCUUGCAGCGCACAUGCUUCCUGCCAGAUGUAGGCAUAGACGAGUCUCUGCUGAAAUAUUCUGGGAUCAACUCUAACGCUGUGCUGCAGUCUUACUCCAAUGAGCUGGUCAGCAUGGUGCCAGAUUAUAUCGAGAAGUUUGGAUCGAGUUUGGGUGCGGUGACUUCAUUUCCAAAUGCUGUUGGACUCGGAGCACUGGUGAUAUCCAUGAUCAUGGAACUCAUCAUGAAGAGCCGCACUGAAACAACUGAAGAUUCAUACAGCAUGUUCCGACGUGUUUUUGGUGAAGAGAAAGCCUCAAGUGUCCGAGACACAAUGUCAGAGUACGUGAGGCGCCAUCGCAUGUUCAUGAUCAAUGACCAACUACUACAGGAGGAACUUAUGAGACUAGAACGACAGCUGAGCAAAGAUCUCACCAUCCUCAGGAACUCCCUGCUGCAUGACCAGCAGAUGAGCACCCGUGGGUUCAAAAUCUGGGUGAAUGGAGCCUCCUUCCACGUCCAGAUGUUGAUCCACAGAGCUCGACUAAAUACUCGGACUGGCAGACAAAUAUCAGACAAUGUUCACACAAUCGAAACUGCCAUCAGUUUGUACCUGAUGGACCUGGAUCGUUUGCUGGAGAAAUACAAGACUCACAUGUCGAAUUCGAUCACUUUCAAACAUACAUCGGGAUUUUGUGCUACAGGGAUGGGAUGCAGUCGAGAUACUUGUACCGUAACAUAUUAUGAGGGAAAUUGUAGAAUUGAAAAAUUGAAUGAAAAUAAACCCUGUAGAGAGCCUGAAUUUAAAAUGGCUUACAUGAAUCAGAUUGUCUCUAAUUAUGAACCAAUCUCAGGUUUAAAGAGCCAUUUUUCAAAUAUCAAGAACAACCUCAACUCUCUGAUCAACCAGCGUGGUUCAUUCACUCUGCCAUCGAGAGGUUAGUUUAGUUUUUCGUGUAUAUGUGCACCCCAGUUGGCCGAAUAAAUGCUGGCAUUGUGUGUUUCUGCAAAACACGGAUACAUUACAUUUGUAUGUUAUCAUGUUGCACAUAUACAGAAACUGUCCUUACAUUUCAACAGUGCUGUGGUUAAUGUGUGUUUAUGUUUCGGCACAAACACUACCUGGUAAUGGUCGGUAAAAGGUCGUGUUUUGGCUUAAAAUACCUGCUUUCUGUGGCACUAUUCCGGCAGGAAACGCAGCAAUGACUCAAUAAAAAGCUUCCUGCUUUAUUGUCUGCAGCUUGACAGGUGUCUCAUCUAGGUUACACACCAUCCACCAUCUCCUUCACCUCCCACUGACAAAGUCAUCUCAUAGAAAUGUUGAUAUGAUACGUAUGAAACGUGCAAAUGUAACAGAUCUGUAUUUCUCUGUUUUCCUAAGGUGACUGGGCUGAUAUAUGACACAGUGAUGGGAAAAAUAAUGUUCAAGAAAAAUAUUGUAUAAAAAUUGUUUGUUGUUUCCAAUUUGUGAACUGAACUGACUGAGUGAGAGGAUUCCUCAUUAACUUCUUGUGUCACCAAAGAUCGACUUUAAGUGUUAAAACACUGCAUGUGUAUGUGAUCCUGCAUUUUUUAAAGUACAUCUACUUCUUUUCCCUCAUUAAAGAAAUCAGAAUCUUUGAA